UAUAAAUAAGUACAUGCCCUUAUUCCUUUUACUUAUACUUUUUACAGUUAAUUACUUACAAAUCUAUUUCGUAUUUUUCAUCUCACAAUCACGAGGUUAUAACUUAGAGAUUUAGAGAUGGUGAUUAAUUACCCUUCCCCUAUUCUUAAAAGCUUUGCCUGUGUACCCAAAUCAAGUUGGCUAAUGAGAGGCUCUGAUUUAAUAAAAAGCUUUCUCCUUAUUUAUCAUCAAAAUAGAAAUAAUAAAAAUAUUAAUGACAUGAAAAGCAGUAAAAAAAGACGAAAACUAUAACAUCCAUCGACGGAAUGUGGAGAAGAAGCCACGUUACAUUUGAUAAAAUCUAUAUGCAUGAAUAACACGUCACCCUUAAAAAGUUCAUUCCACGUGUCAGUAUAAUUAAUAGCAACAAAAAUAUAAAAUUCAUAUUUAAAAUUAUCCUAAACAGUAAACACUAAUCCACCACGAUCUAGCUCAUCAUUGUGUAUUGAGCAGAUAAAAUACCAAACAAAAAUUAAUUUGUUAAAUUCAUAGAAUCGGAGUAAAAAUUUAUUAAAUUAUGUUUGUAGUAGUUGUAAUCAAAUUAGGAUAAUAAUGGCUAAAGUAUCAACUUGGAGAAUAAUUAUAAUAGCAAUGGUGCUAUGUUUUGUAUUCUAUUAUCUCACAAAUUCUCCAUUACAAAAAAAAUUAGGACAGUUGCAUUGUUUUACUAGUCGAGGAAGCCAUUACUGGAACAAGUUUAACCUGCCUCCGAUUCCGGAACAAUUCUACCUCUUUUGGCCGUCUUCUCAGCAUAUCGAGAGAAAUGAUGAUAUAGGGCUCCCAAUAGUUGAAGCCAAUAUAGCAGAUGAAAGGGAAAAGAACAAGGUAUUAGAAGCAGCUGAGGAGAGUAUAGAGAAAACAAAAAUGAUGAUGGAGGAUUCUGCUAAAACCGCGGCGGAGAUGGUUGGCGAGGCGGUGCACAAGACUGCGGACAUUAUGAAGGAGGCCUUCUCUCAUCACCAUCACCAGGAUGAACUUUAAUUCAAACCAUAAUUUUAAGCAUUUUUAUCUUAAUUUUUAUUUUCUUUUCUAAUAUUAUACUAUGCCUUUUUUAUCCAUAAGUUACAUGGACUAUAGAGUUUGUUUUAUAUUAUAGGAUGCUUAAUUAUAUUAGAGUGCUAA